AGCUUCGCCUUUCACAUGUCAGCGCUUCCCCUUAUCGCAUUUCAUUGCUCAUAUGCCCUCCGCCUGGAGCUCAUGCUCUAACCGGAUAUGUAGACGACUAGCAGCCGUUUUCGACUCAUUUCGCGUGUUUUAACCGAUUUCAGGAGGUCUGGAAUGAUCGUAGCUUAUUUUAAAACUUUCUAAAAAGUCAGUAAUCGAGUUUUUUUUUUAAACAAAAAAAAAACCAAAACCAUGAAGGCCUGCUGCUGUGAGGUUGUGUGUGUUGGUUAGUGGCAUGAAACGUAGCGGCUCAUUCCUCUGGUUUCACAAAGGAGCGGUGGUUUCCUCAGGUGUCAGCAGCCUCUCCUCGGAGUCCGGUCACAUCACCGAGCACCGAGCGGCGACAGCUCGCGUUUGUAGCCUCUAAAUCCGCAGGGAUCGGCGGGAGGGGGAAACCCAGCCGAGCCUCCGCCACCAUGGCGAGCGACGACUGUAGGAAAGAUGACUUGCUGGAGGAUAGCCGCACAGACUCGGGCAUUGACUCGUAUCGCUCCAUACUGAAGUCAGAAGAGCCCCGGGAGCCGAGCGCCGACUUCAGCGGGCCGAGGGACAAGUUUUCCACCGGGGAUGAGCGCCUGGACUCAGCGUACGGCUCCUCGUCCAUCACGGUGGAUAGUCUCUCAGAAAUCGUGGGGGAUUGCUCGCUUUCCAGCGCCAAAGAGGAGCAAGCGCAGAUCUCUGAACUCUCUGAACAGGAGGAGAAUUUGCUCACAACUAUUACUGAAGAUGGAGACACAAUCCUCCACUUAGCAAUCAUCCAUGAAGAAGAAUACAUUGCUCAACAGUUGAUACAGCUAUUCCCAAAAGAAGUCCUGGACAUCCAAAACAAUUUAUACCAGAGCCCUUUGCACCUGGCCACCUACCUGAACCUGGCAGGUGUGGUGAAGUGUCUGGUGGAGAAAGGGGCCAGCCUGGAGCUGCAGGACCAGGAUGGGAACACAGCGCUCCAUGUGGCCUGCCAGCGAGGGCAGACAGAGUGCGCCACCGAGAUGACCAGAGACGUUUCCCUGAGCAAGCUGGCGCCAGUCCUGGAGACCCAGAACUGGAGAGGUCUCACCUGUCUUCACUUGGCUGCACUGAACAGGCAACUUCAGAUUAUGAAGCUCCUGACGAAAAAGGGAGCAGACCUGAAUAUCCAGGAAGGAACCAGUGGCAAAACAGCACUUCAUCUCGCCGUUGAGCUGCGCGACACGGCAUCGGUGAAGCUGCUGCUCAGCAGAGGAGCUAAUAUGGACGCUGCCAUGUUUAACGGCUGCACGCCACUGCAUCUCGCGGUCGGGAGGCAGGACGCCGCCAUCGCCAACCUGCUCUGCCAGUCGGGUGCUGACACAAUGCUGCGAAACAUGGAGGAUGAAACGGCGCUGGAUCUGGCUGACGGCAACGACGAUAUUCUGGCGCUCUUUCCUUUCGAUGACAUCCAAAUCUCUGGAAGGUCGGUGGUGGGCAUGAAUUUCUGAGGCGAAUCAGAACAACAAUCUUGAAAUUGUCUGAGCUGAAGUUCUGUAGUACAUUCUGAUUUGAUCUGUAUUUAUCCAUCAUCUAGACAAAUAUGCGCACUGUAUAAAUUUUACUUUGCUCUGACAAAGAGGGUGAUUCUGCUUUGAUUGAACACUGAUUUAAAGGAAAACAAAAAUCUGUGUGGCUCUAUUACUUCGCUUUUUUUCCGCAUGCUUCUGGAGGGGGUUGCAGCAAAAGUCACCACAGUGUGAGUGCCAGACUUUUUAUCGGCACGUCCAGCGUCCAUAAGUUCUACCUCUUUAUCACAUUAACGUAAAAACUUUGUCAUAAUUUCUCAACCUUCAUCAGUGCUGUGAUUGCAUUCGUAUUGUGUCUCUGUUUAUCUGAAAAUGCGGCCUUUCGCUGUAUCCACAGAGAGACUUUUUGAAGAACGCAGUCAGAGGUAAAAUUAGUGCUCCAUUUACUAAAUGUAAAACUUGCUGUGUCAUCCCAGAGAGACCUGCGGUCCUAUGAAGACAAACUAAUCACACCCAUUCUAUUUGUUCAAAAACUGGAGCCCACAUAGAAAGUAAUAUAUAACACAAAACGCAGCUUCCUCUUAUUUGAUUUUUUUUUUUUUCUAGGUUUGCUACUUCAAGUUGUUGAAACAGUUUUCUUUAUUUAUCUCUAAUCUGCAGUAUACAGUUAUUGUACUUUGGUGUGUAAUUGCACUGCUCUGUCUAGUUAAUAAAAGCGGUUCAUUUAUUUUGUAAUAAAAUUAAAAGAAAUAAAACUCA